AUGAUCAGGGCGGAAGGGAGCGGGAUGGAACAGUGUAUGGCCGGGUCGCGAACGGGGGGUGCACAGGCGUCACAACUGAAUCUGGUCUGCGGCCUGGAGACGGAUGCGAGCCGGAAUGUGGCGGCGCGAUGCGUGGAAGCCCCCGAGCUCAUUUCUGCCGGCACACUAGCGCUAGCCGGGGUCUCACCGCCUGCCCCGGGCCGGCGGGCUCUCGGCAGCCAGCCCUGUUCUGAUCGGCGCGUCGGCGCCUGUGACGCCUGGGCACCUGGCAAGCCUGGCAAGCCUGGGCGGCGGGCAACUGGGCUCUCGGCUGGCCAUGGCUUAACGAAACUCGAAACUGGUAACUGGAAACGUGGGGUCCUGCUCUUUGGCGGGGCUCAACUCGUCGUCGGGGGUCGGUCGGCCUUUGACCUAAACCCGGCCGACAGCGGGGGGGUCUUCCUGCGCAAUUGGGGCGUCCUAUUGGAAAAUAAUUUUCUGGGCCGUUGCGACAGGCCCCCGAACCAUCAUUCAGGGUCCUGGAAGCUCUGCCCUGGAGCUCAGUGCACGUGUCCGAGCAAUUCUGCAGCCACGCGCGACCUUGCAAGAUCCUCGCGCGCAGAUCAGACCUCGAGAGGCACGUCCGAAACCAUGGCCGCCCCCGAUCAGUCGAGCAACUCCAGCACCGGCGUGUCUGACAUAGACGAUGCCGUCAAUGGCAAUGCCCACCACGCUCGCGACAGCAGCAAGAAGUCGAGCAAGAAGAAGAGAAAGUGGAGAUCCAAGGACGGCGGCGCCGACGAGUUCGAGGGCCGCUCUUCUCUGUCCAAGCGCCGGAACAGUCUGCACAAGGCCGCGAGAGACCCCAGGGACGAGCCCGAGGGCAAGCAGCGCAAGAAGGUCAAGGCCGAGGGCGUCAUCACCAGAUCCCCCAGCCCCGUCAUCGACUUUGACGGCUUGAGUCGCCCCACCCGCGGGACCCGCGAACGCCUCGAGGAGAGCAGCGAACAGGCCGCCGAGCGCCUCGAGAAGAUGCGCGCCGCCGUCCGGACGAUCCUCGAGUGCGUCGGCGAGGAUCCCGACCGGGAGGGUGUCUUGGACACGCCCACGCGAUACGCCAAGGCCAUGCUCUUCUUCACCAAGGGCUACCAGCAGAACAUCAAGGACAUUGUCAACGACGCCAUCUUCCACGAGGGGCACAACGAGAUGGUCAUCGUCAAGGACAUUGAGGUUUUCAGUCUGUGCGAGCACCAUCUCGUUCCCUUCACGGGCAAGAUGCACAUCGGCUACAUCCCGAACAACAACGUCAUUGGCAUUUCCAAGCUGCCGCGCAUCGCGGAGCUGUUUGCGCGCCGUCUCCAGGUCCAAGAGCGCCUCACUAGGGAGGUGGCCAAUGCCAUCAUGGAGAUCUUGAAGCCGCAGGGAGUCGCGGUCGUCAUGGAGUCCAGCCAUCUGUGCAUGGUGAUGCGCGGUGUCGAAAAGACCACAGCGACCACCAUCACAAGCUGUGUGCUGGGCUGUUUCGAGCGCAAGGAAAAGACGAGAAACGAGUUCCUCAGCCUCGUCGGGCUCAAUCGCAGGGUCUAG